AUGGAACUAGGUGACCAACGGCCGAGCCACCUACUGAGAAAAAUGCAAGACCUGGCAAGAAAUAAAAUCAACGACGAAACACUUAGCGUACUGUGGCAGAACCUCCUCCCCGUAGCUGUAAGGGGCGUACUCGCUGCAACGGAUACAAAUGAUUUGGCGAGAUUAGCGAAAAUAGCAGACAAAGUCAUGGAGAACAUGCGACCACAACCGCUCGCUGAAAUAGCAACAAAAUCAACCAACUCCGACAAUACAGCAAUAUUGGCUGAAAUAGCCAAGCUGACCGACAGGGUCGAACAACUCAGCAGACACAGAGCCGAGUCACGUGACAGAGGUUUUCAUGGAGAAUUUCGCGGCGGAUUUCGCGGCGGAUUUCGCGGCGGGUUUCGCGGAAGAUACCGCAGACGCUCACAUUCACGCAGACGAGACAGUACAACUUCGGAUCCGGACAACCCCAGCCAGUUAUGUUGGUAUCACGAACAGUUCAAGAGCAGAGCCAACAAAUGUAGCCAACCUUGCAAUUGGAAAAAACCGUCGGAAAACUAA